CGGGUUAGGACCAAGCCCAACAUAAUAAGGCCAUUCCUAAACUCAAAGAGAGAAGCUUGAAUGGAGGGGUUGGCGAGUUUUCAAUCAAUUGGGUUGACCUCAGAAUCAUGAAUAAUCAGGAAGAGUGUGUAUUGAUAGUGAUUUCAGAGCCAAGUAUUCCAAGUUUCUACUUUUAGGACUCCAAUUUGAAAGAGAAUGAAUCCAAGUCCACGAAAUCCCGAAGAAUAUGAGUUUUGGCACUUUUGAGUGUUCCAGAAAAUGAGACCCAUAACCUCUUUCAAUCCCAAAACCAAUACCCAGUACCUUGAUUCUUCAUUGUUCCUUCUCCUAGCUUGAAGUUUAUAAUAAAGUUUCUGCCUUUAAUUGUUUUUGAUAUUCAAUCCAAAAACAAUGGCGGCAUCCUUAUUACUUCGCCGCAGAGUUUCAUCUGCCGGCGUUUCUCGCACUCUCCAAGGUCUAGCGGGUGGUAUGGAGCCCUUCUGUCUACACUUAGAAUUGAAGAUUGGAACUUUGGUGAGUUUCUCAGAUAAAACAAGGCAGUACAGCAGCUUCAGUGGCACCACGAGCUUCGAUUUUCUAGACUUGACUUCUCCUCAUACAUGGUAUCCAAAAGCUCGAAGUAAGCCUCGCAAGGUUAUCUUGCACAUGGGUCCCACAAAUAGUGGUAAAACGCACAAUGCUUUAAAGCGACUCGAAUCAAGUCCAUCUGGCAUAUACUGUGGUCCUCUGAGAUUGUUGGCCUGGGAGGUUGCAAAACGGUUGAACAAGGCUAAAGUGCCAUGUGAUUUACUUACAGGACAAGAGAGAGAGGAAGUUGAUGGUGCAAAACACAAGGCUGUGACAGUUGAGAUGGCUGAUGUAACCUCCAACUACCAUUGUGCCGUUAUUGAUGAAAUUCAGAUGCUGGGCUGUAGGAACAGAGGUUUUUCUUUCACACGCGCUCUGCUAGGAAUUUCUGCUGAUGAACUUCACCUUUGUGGAGAUGCAGCUGCCAUCCCACUUAUUCAGAAAAUGUUAAAAGUGACCAGUGAUCAAGUUGAGGUUCAAUUCUAUGAUAGACUUUCACCACUUGUUCCAAUGAAGGUUCCUCUUGGUUCCUUUUGUAAUAUAAGGACAGGCGAUUGCAUUGUUACGUUUUCACGGCGUGAAAUAUACAGACUAAAGAAAAAAAUUGAAAGUGAUGGAAAGCAUCUCUGUUCUGUUGUGUAUGGUUCACUUCCACCAGAGACUCGAACAAGACAGGCAACAAUGUUCAAUGAUGCAAGCAGUGAGUUGGAUGUUCUAGUAGCAAGUGAUGCCAUCGGGAUGGGUCUUAAUCUGAACAUUUCACGAAUCAUAUUUUCAACAAUGACAAAAUUUGAUGGUAUUGAGAACCGGGAACUCUCUGUACCGGAGAUCAAACAAAUUGCAGGAAGAGCUGGCAGGUAUGGAUCAAGGUUUCCUGUUGGUGAAGUGACUUGUUUAGAUGCAGCUGAUCUGCCUCUUCUUCAUUCAUCACUAAAAUCCCCAUCUCCGACUCUUGAGAGGGCUGGAUUAUUUCCUACCUUUGAUCUUAUGUAUAUGUAUUCACGUUCCCACCCAAAUAGAGGCCUCUACCAGAUACUGGAGCAUUUUGUAGAGAAUGCAACAUUGUCAGACAAUUAUUUCAUUGCUGAUUGCGAAGAAAUAAUGAAAGUUGCUGCUCUCAUUGACGAGUUGCCUCUCGGGUUGCAUGAUAAGUACCUUUUCUGUAUAAGCCCAGUUGACUUGAGUGAUGACAUUUCAUCCCAGGGUCUUACACAGUUUGCUCAAAAUUAUGCAAAAAGGGGCAUUGUGCCACUUCGAGAAAUAUUUACACCAGGGACACUUCAGAUACCAAAAACACCAGGUGCACUCAAAGAGCUUGAAUCCAUUCACAAGGUAUUGGAUCUGUAUGUUUGGUUGAGUUUCCGAUUAGAGGAGUCAUUCCCAGACCGCGAGCUUGCAUCUUCGCAGAAGUCCAUCUGCCACCUGUUGAUUGAAGAGUUUCUUGAGAGAUUUGGUUUGCAAAAGCAGAGGCCCAAGGCCAAAAGAUUAGCUUCAAAUACUACCUUAACUUCCCUAUUGUCCCAAAAGAACAGAGCCUACUUGUGAGAUAUUUAUCAUUUCUUCAACUUGUCUAUUCCUUCUCUUCUAUGCUCAGUUAGAUGAUGCAGAAGCUUGAGAAAACUUGGAAUUCCUAAA